AGGGUGGAGAAUGCAGCUAUUGGUAGCAUGGCUGCAACAGAAGGCCAAGUGUUCGGUCUUACAACUAUCUGUGUGUUUGAACUAUUUGUUAAUUAACACUAAAAGCCCUUUUAACUCUUUGAGGGUUUUAUUAUUUAAACUUCCCCUUUCUCCUCUCCUCUUUUUUGUAAACCACUUCCCCCUUCAAACUCUUACUCUUCAAACAAUAGCUUUCUUCUCAGAAUUUAAUGAAGAGACCCUUAACCUCUUGUACAACUUCUUCUACAUCAUCUUCUACUUCUUCGUCUUGUAUCCUUCUAAAAGAACCAGAGAGUCCAAGGCCUAAACGAGCCAAAAGGGCUAAGAAAUCAUCUCCAUCUUCUGAUGUAAAACCACAGAAUCCGACCAGUCCUGCCUCUGCCAGACGCAGCUCUAUUUACAGAGGAGUCACUAGGCAUAGAUGGACUGGGAGAUUUGAGGCUCAUCUAUGGGACAAAAGCUCUUGGAAUUCGAUUCAGAACAAGAAAGGCAAACAAGUUUAUCUGGGAGCAUAUGACAGCGAGGAAGCAGCUGCACAUACGUACGAUCUAGCUGCUCUCAAGUACUGGGGUCCCGACACCAUCUUGAAUUUUCCAGUUGAAACGUACAAGAAGGAGUUGGAUGAAAUGCAGAGAAGCACAAAGGAAGAGUAUUUGGCUUCUCUCCGCCGCCAGAGCAGUGGUUUCUCCAGAGGCGUCUCUAAAUAUCGCGGCGUCGCCAGACAUCACCAUAACGGAAGAUGGGAGGCUAGGAUUGGAAGAGUGUUUGGUAACAAGUACUUGUACCUCGGCACCUAUAAUACGCAGGAGGAAGCUGCAGAAGCGUAUGACAUGGCUGCUAUUGAAUAUAGAGGUGCCAACGCGGUUACCAAUUUCGACAUUAGUAAUUACAUUGAUAGGCUAAAGAAGAAAGGCGUUUUCCCGUUCCGUGUUGAUCAAGCUAACCAUCAAGAGGCUGUUCUUGCUGAAGCCAAGGAAGAAGUGAAAGAGCACGUGGAAGAAGUGAAAGAGCACGUGGAAGAAGAAUAUCAAGAAGCCAAAGAAGAGAAAACAGAGCAGCAUCAAGAAGUGGCGGUUGUCACUUGCGGCUUGGAUUCUUCAGACAUUAUGGAGAUGGAACGUUCUUCAGACAGCAAUGAGUUGGCUUGGAACUUCUGUAUGAUGGAUUCAGGGUUUGCUCCGUUCUUGACAGAUCAAAACCUCUCGAAUGAGAAUCCUAUAGAGUAUCCUGAGCUUUUCAACGAGAUGGGUUUUGAAGAUAACAUAGACUUCAUGUUCGAGGAAGCCAAGAACGAAUGCUUGAGCUUGGAGAAUCUGGAUUGUUGUGACGUCGUUGUGGUGGGAAGAGAUAGCCCAACUUCUUUGUCGUCUUCUCCGUUGUCUUGCUUUUCUACUGACUCUGCUUCAUCAACAACAAUAACAACAACAACCUCUGUUUCUUGUAACUAUUCCGCCUGAGGGAGAUAGCUUUGCAUUAUAGGUUGAGUUUUCUAUUUCUUUUGCUUCUUGAUCUUGUCCUUGUUGAGUUCCGCUAUGUACUUUUUUUUUUCGUCUCAGGGCUUACUCGUUGGUCUGAACACUGUUUGGCCUCUUGUUCCCCUCUUCUUUUCUUAUCUUUUUCUUUUUUUUUUAAGUUUACAUCAAAAAUUUAAAACAAAAUGAACCCAUACAACGAAACAGAGGUGAAAGUGUUCACAGAUUGCAUAGACAAACUAAAAUGGUAUUGUUAAGGCC